AAGUCCCAGUUUGCAUCUUUAAUCAAUGGUGACCCCAGUGCCUAACUACAGAUGGUGACCUUUCUGAACAUCUCUGGCCCAGCUGUUCAUCCAAAUAGCGGAGCCACUGUGAAUACUAUCAAACUGUACCUCCACUGCCUGAACCCAUUGCUUUGGGAUCUGUGAAGGUGGAACUAUCAGAAGAAGAUGGAGGAACUGGAACUGGAAUGGUGUCUGACUGUUUUCAUCCAGGCCAGUGCCUGGCUAUGCAGCAGGAUACAGCCUUGCCACAGCGCAUCUGAACAGUCUGAAGUGAUCUCUGUUGCUGUCAAAUCUGGCUUUUAAUUUUUCUUGGUGCACCCCCAAGUAAAUGAAAUCCUUAGGCCAAUUAAUGUGGUGGAAUUAAUCAAAUGAUAGGCUACGAGUCAGAAAACAAAAUGUUGUGUUGCGCAUGCAUCUCAGGACCCAGUCUGGGAUGGCCACCUGACCUUGCUAUUUUGUUUGUUCUAGUCUUGUGUCUAAGACUAUAGCAUAGCAAGGUGAAAUAGCAAGGUUUGUCAUCAUGCCCACACCACCCAUGUACAUUCAGCAAAGAUGAACAGACAGACAGGUGACCUUUCCCGUUAUGGUCUUUGCCAUUUCCCUCUCUGGUCCUUCACUGCAUUUUUUCCGAAUCUAGAGUUUGAGCGUUUCAUGUACGCGCACGCAGGUACUUCCCGUCCCUCUCGUGAAUGCGGAGUAUGACGUAAGUCCCUUGCCGCGCAGUGAUGAUGGCGGUGCGUGAACGCGCAGUUAAAGUAAUGGCUGCUCUGGAACGGCGGGUGCCUAGUAUCGAUGAUUUCGUGGGCCAAAGCUGGAGCGCCUGGGCCGAGAAAGCGGGUGUGACGGCGUCGGAAGGCACCGAAGGAGAUGACUGCAGCAAGAAUGGGAAGAAAGCUGCUGAGGCCAUGUCUCUCAGGAAGGAAGACAUGUCCAUCUUCGGCCACUACCCCGGCCAAGAUGACUUCUACCUGGUGGUGUGUAGCCACUGUGGCCAGGUGGUCAAGCCCCAGGCCUUUGAGAAGCAUUGUGAGAGGAGACAUGGUCCCCUAGGCAAGCUGUACUCACGCCUCCGUUCCCCACCUCCAGCCUCCCAGCAGCGCCCCCGUCAUAGUCACUCCCCAUCCGGAACCCAUGCAACCUCCACCUCGUCCUGGGAAGGGAGGGGGCAAGGGACCGGGGUACCACGAGCAGCCCCCCAGUCCCCAUCCACACCCCCCCAGUUUAGACACAAGCCCCCCAAGGAAGGAGUACGCCACUCCCCCCUGGAUAAGAGUCCCCAUGCCAGUCAAUCUGAGUCAGCUGUGUUCAAGCAGCCCCCACCCCUGGAACCUCCCCUAAGCUCCCCGUGCCCCUCUCACAGAGACCCACCUUGGCCGCAUGGAGGCACCCCUCCCGCCCGGCCUUCCCCCACCCCUCCCGCCCGGCCUUCCCCCACCCCUCCCAGGAAGGAGCCCACUUCGGCCUCUACUCUUCCCGGCCACCUCCGUGGACCAAGACCAUACAACAAAGUGGCUUCUAGAAGAGAGUGCGAUCUAGACAAGCACUGUGGAGUACUGGACCCUGAGCGGAAGAAAGUCUGCACUCGUCUUCUGACCUGCAAUAUACACUCCAUCCACCAGCGACGAAAGGUUACUGGCCGUAGUAAAGACUUUGACCAGCUGGUGGCCGAGCUGAAGACGGGGGCCCGGGUCCGAGAGCGCAGUGGUCCGACACACGAGGGGAGCUCCGGUCGGUCGCCUAGCCCGGAGGCCCCCAGGGACCUGCCGCCCACCCCCCAUUGCAGGAGGCCCCUCACCAACAACCCUGCCUUCAGUCGAUCCAGGGCCUCUUCAGAAAGCGCUCCGGAGGAGGACAGACCUCGUCAGGAGGGUAGCGUCCGCGCUCCAUCGCCCCUAGUCUACGGGCACAUCUCCAGUGACGAGAGCGAGGAGGACGGGUCUGAGGAGCCUGCCGAAUACCCCUCGUCAUCUUGGCACCCCAAACCGGCCGCGGUGUGCUCGUUCGGCAGUCAUGUGACGGGUCACGGUGUGUACACCUUCGACCGGAGGCUCCACCACCUGCGGUGGGCUCUCAAUGCCAUGGUGGAGCAGCACAUCAGCGCCCACCUCUGGAGGAAAAUACCUCAAGCUUCAGACCACCAGUCCCAGAGUCCCUCUGUGAAAAGCGUCCCCUCUUCCUCGUCUUCGUCAUCUUCGUCCUCUUCCUCUCUGCACUCUAAAGUCAGGACAGGAAGUCACAGUGCCCCCUCUGUCAGGCAUUCCUCUUCUUCCCACGGGCCGGGGAGGGAGUCACGCCUAGAAAUCACCUCCCACUCCACAGCUGUUAACCAAUCAGAGAACUCUGGCAGCGGUGGCAGCCUUGCCGCAGGCCCUGCGCCGCCCCCUGUCCGUCACGUGGGCCCCGGGAGGCCUCCAGGCCCCGGGAGGCCCAAGAACCCAGUGGGGCGACCCAGCAAGCAGCAGCUGAGACUGAGAGAGGAGGCCGCCGCCGCCGCCCUCCGGAAACGCAAGGCGCCAUCACAGGAGGGGGAGCACUCCGGCCCGGACAGAAACUGCAUCCUCCUUCAGGACCGGGGACGGCCCCCCUCCACGUCCUCUAAGACUACCCCGCCCGCCCCCCACGGCCUGACCAAUGGCACGCUCUCCCCCGGCAGCAAGCCCCGACCCCAGCCGUCCCCCUCGGAAACCAAUUCGCCAACCGCGGCCUGGGCAUUCAAACGGACACACCCGCCCCCUGGACACUCUUCCUCCCCGCCUGACCCUCACAGCCGAGGGGGGGACUUGGGACUGCAUGGGAGGGGGGCGGCGGGGUACGAGCACAGGGGCCUGGGAAAGAAACGCAAGGGGGGCAGCAGUGAACCCUCGCCCCCCUCCAAACCACACCGCCUGCCCUCCUCCCCUCGCUCCAAUUACUACCCCUGGAAGGACAGUAAGGGGGCAGCAUUGCCUGGCGGGGUGGAGAAGAAAAUGGGCACACAGAAGCCAAAACUGCACCAUUAAGAGUGCCUGCCUUACAAGCCACUAUGGGACAGUCAGCCCUGCCUGCGCAGUCAGACAUCACACCUCAGACUGGCUACAGGACUCCAGAGACGUGUGUUUGACUGGAUAUUAAAGCCUGUGUGUGCGUGCGUGCGUGUGUGUGCGUAUGUCUAUUGAAGCGUGUGGAUGUAUGGCUUAUGACCAAUACAGUAUGAGUUGCGUGUUGUUCAGUUGUGUGCGUGUGGGUCUGUGUGCACUGUGGUUGGUGAGUGUGCAGGACAAAGGGGAUGUGAAUUUCUGUGUAUGAAUUUUGAAAUACCUCAAGACCUUCUGGUUAUGCUGCUAAAUUAAUAUGUUGAUUUAUAAAAUUGGAUUAAAAACAUCCUUUACACUUGAA